AUGAGGGCUGUUCAAGCCUGUUGGAUGGUGUUCUUCCUGUUGCUUCGGCUCGCAAUUUCAUCCAAGACGUGCUACACACCGGCCGGCGAAGAUACAAAUGGCCCUUACUCGACCCCCCAGAACAGCACCUAUCAACCAUGCAACCCUACAGACGGUACGGUGUCAAUGUGUUGCGCCAGCUGGGACACAUGUAUGCCCAACGGUCUUUGCUGGAACGAGGCGUACCACAUCUGGUGGCGUGAAAGCUGUACCGAUCCAGAUUUUACCGAUCCCAAUUGCGUCAAGCUGUUCACCAACAUAACUGGAGGAGUCUUUCUUGCAGCAAACAACGACACCUUGCCUGUAACCUCCAGUGCCGCCGUCUCGGCCAGUCCUACCCCCAUCGUUUCUGCGAGUAGCACGAGUUCGUUAUUGAAAACGACUACUAUCGCUUCCUCAAGUCCCACACCCUCAUCCAUCGCAUCUGAAGAUUCACAUUCUCUUUCCACUGGCGCCAAGGCAGGUAUUGGCAUUGCUACAGCUGUAGCUGUCUCGAUGCUGCUCGGGCUGCUCUAUUUGUUUGUCCGUCGGCGUCAGAACAAAUGCAAACAACUCCGAACCGGUCCUGACCAUCUGCUUCCAGCAGAGUCCAAGCCCGGUAGAGCGGAAAUCUUCUCCACCCCGGUGUUUGAGAAGGACGGCUCUCGCUUGAAAACGAGAGUGCCGGCGGAAAUGGAAGGAUGA